AUGGCACCAGUAGUCUCAAGAGAAUCUCAGGAAGCGCCUGACGUCAGGGUGUUGUCAGAGAGGAAAGAAAUUGAAGCAAAGGGCGAGGAGCAAGAGCAGGGUGUGGUCCCUAUUCAGAGUCUCAUCUCUGGAUCAGAAUGUGCUGCACCAUCAAAUCCACUCUCUCAAGUUUUGAAGCACACUGAAGGCGAUCGUAGCCUUCAGCAGCUUCACCAACUUCCUGGAAGUUCGUCAUCUAUUCCCGCCAAUGAACAAGACUUGGCCCUUGCUCGCCAAUUCUUUGAAGGAAGCUCUCACGGAUUGGUACCCGGAUUUUCUAUGCAGCAUCCUGCUGAUCUCGCUCGUAUGUCUGAAGCAAAUGCGAGAUCAGGGAUGGGUCAAGCGUGGGCUAUGGAGCAGCAGCAACAACAAAUGCGGGCCUUCGAAGAUUCUGCGAAAGCCGCGUGGGCCACGGAAUUCAGUAAUGCACCCCAGACAAAUUCUUCAGCAGCUCCAUUGCAACAGGGUAUACCGAGUAGACCUGAAUAUCAACAGCGUCCAUCUUACAUGCAGCCAAUGUAUGGAAAUUCUAUGCCAGUGGGCCUGGGGAUGUAUGGCAUGAAUAGCCCCCCUAUGCAAUAUGGACUUAAUCCAAACAUGAAUGUUUCCGAUCAGGGAAAAGGCAAGGCCAGGGAAGUCGAUUUCGAGGCCGCCUUUGCUCAAAUCGCAGAGUCUUUUGGACCCAAAGAGGCUCAGACUUCACGUAUAGAGGAAGUAGACGAUACCGUUGCUAGUCUAGAAGAGGCUUUGAAAAACGCCACCCUCAACGGAGAAAACGAAGAACUUGGUACAGAUUUCCAAAAGGUGUGGGAUCACUUACAGAACUCGGAACUUCCGCCGCCAAAGGAAGAUAUGGCAAAAUGGGAGGCUGAAUUCUCACAGUUAAUGAAUGCACAGCGAGACGAACUUGAAGACUAUGGAGCAAAUAUGCAGAAAGCAUGGGAAGGAGGUUUGGGUAAUUUUGAGGACACCUUUGACCAAGGCAUGAAAUUUGAUGGCGAAGGCAUCCCUCUGUUGGGAGAUUAUACCUUCGAACCAAAUAACAAAUAUCUCGACCCUUCCUCGUCACGCUCGCUUUUGGGAGAAGCAAAAGCACUGCUUGAAAACAACGGGUCAUUAUCGGAAGCCGCCUUGAUGCUUGAAGCAGCAAUCCAACAAGGGGAGCUCGGUGAAGGUGGAUACGAAACUUGGGUUCUACUUGGUGAAACCAGAAAUAUGGAUGAACGAGAGGACGCCGGCAUGCGCGCUCUGCUUCAAGGUGUUAGGAAGGCAGAGGAAAACGGUACUCCAGGGGCAGGAAUGCUGUCUCUGGCGAUAUCUUUCACGAAUGAAUCCUACGAUCGCGCAUCUCAUACCAUGCUAAUGAGGUGGUUCAGAGCCAGAUACCCGGAUGUGCAAAUUCCCGAGGAAACAAUAAGGGCCAUCUCGACCAACUCGUCAUGGGAUACCCAUGGCCGCAUAACAGAGUUAUUCCUCGAUUUAGCGAGAACGCAACAUGGAAAAGAUCAGAUGGAUCCUGAAUUGCAAAUUGCACUGGGUGUAUUGUUCUACACAAACGCUGAAUACGAAAGAGCACAGGACUGCUUUGUAGCGGCGCUUAAUGCACGGCCCAAGGAUUAUCUGUUGUGGAAUAGGCUGGGAUCCUCCCUUUCUAAUGGCAACAAACCAGAGGAGGCCCUCGGAGCAUACAGAGAAGCAUUGCAACUAAGGCCAACAUACACCCGUGCCAUUUACAACGUUGGCGUUGCUUGUCUGAACAUCGGGGCAGAUCACGAAGCCGCUGAGCAUUUCUUGAGCGCGUUGAGUCUUCAAGAAUCCACUAGCGGGGAUACUAGUGAUCAACUUUGGUUUACCCUCCGUCGUGCCUUUUUGUCUAUGAAACGCAACGACCUUGCAGAUCUCGCAAAGCCUGAAGCGAAGAGCAGCCUUGAUAUUUUCCGAAGGGAAGGGUUUGACUUCUAG